UUGGUCGAUCAGUUGGACGAUCAGUUGGACGAUCAGUUGUUCGAUCAGUUGGACGAUCAGUUGGUCGAUCAGUUGGUCGAUCAGUUGGUCGAUCAGUUGGACGAUCAGUUGGUCGACCAGUUGGUCGAUCAGUUGGUCGAUCAGUUGGUCGAUCAGUUGGUCGAUCAGUUGGACGAUCAGUUGGUCGACCAGUUGGUCGACCAGUUGGACGAUCAGUUGGUCGACCAGUUGGUCGAUCAGUUGGAUGAUCAGUUGGUCGAUCAGUUGGUCGAUCAGUUGGUCGAUCAGUUGGUCGAUCAGUUGGACGAUCAGUUGGUCGACCAGUUGGACGAUCAGUUGGUCGACCAGUUGGUCGAUCAGUUGGUCGAUCAGUUGGACGAUCAGUAG